UUCACUCCCAGUCGGCGAUGCCAACCAACCGGAAGCGCGGAAUGAUUUCUCCACCGAGAGCAAGGGCGGCUAAAACGCAUCAAAGGAGCGCUCGUUAAACAAAUAACCAUCCGUUCACUGCUAACCGUUGUCUCUAAAAGGAGGAGGCGAGCCAUUAAAGGUCGACGUGGCCGUUCAUCUUUUAAAACUGAGGGAUUAUUUAUCUGGAGAUGGGCUCUGCCUUCAGGGUCCUCACCUGCUGGGCGCCGUAAUGGUGCUUUCUUCACCAGCUGAGCCCCUCGCUGCCCUCUGAAGGAGCAGGAUGACAAGAUGGCACAGCUGCUUGUACCGCCCGGACCAGACAGCUUCCGCCCCUUCGUCCCCGAGUCGCUGGCCGCCAUCGAGAGGCGCAUCGCCGAGGAGGAGGCCCGGAGACCGCGGGCGGAGCGCCGCAGCGACGAGGACGAUGAGAAUGGGCCUAAGCCCAACAGCGACCUGGAGGCGGGGAAAUCCCUGCCCUUCAUCUACGGGGACAUUCCCCCACCCCUGGUGUCCACCCCUCUGGAGGACAUCGACCCCUACUACAGCAAUCAGAAGACCUUCAUAGUAUUGAAUCGCGGGAAGGCAAUAUUCCGUUUCAAUGCCACUUCUGCCUUGUACAUCCUAAACCCCUUCAACCCUCUAAGGAGAUUAGCUAUUAAAGUUUUAGUGCACUCGAUGUUCAGCAUGUUGAUCAUGUUCACCAUCCUGACCAACUGUGCUUUUAUGACUCUAAGUAACCCCCCGGACUGGGCCAAGAAUGUAGAGUACACAUUCACGGGGAUUUACACCUUCGAGUCCCUCAUAAAGAUCCUGGCCAGGGGGUUCUGUGUGGGGAAGUUCACCUUCCUGCAGGAUCCAUGGAACUGGCUGGAUUUCAGCGUCAUACUCAUGGCAUAUGUCACAGAGUUUGUGGACCUGGGCAAUGUCUCAGCACUCCGAACCUUCAGGGUUCUGCGAGCCCUGAAAACAAUUUCAGUCAUCCCAGGCUUGAAGACCAUCGUCGGUGCCCUGAUCCAGUCGGUGAAGAAGCUGUCAGACGUGAUGAUCCUCACCGUGUUCUGCCUCAGCGUCUUCGCCCUGAUCGGCCUGCAGCUCUUCAUGGGCAACCUGAGGCAGAAGUGCGUGCGCCAAGUCAACAACAGCAGCAGCAGCAGCAACUUCACCAGCAACGACACCUUCAACUGGUUGGAGUACAUCAACGACGAGAGAAAUUAUUAUUUCCUCCCUGGUCGCAGGGAUGCUCUGCUUUGUGGAAAUGGCAGCGGCGCCGGGCUCUGUCCAGAGGGAUUUUGGUGCAUCAAAGCGGGUCGUAAUCCAGACUACGACUACACCAGCUUCGAUACUUUUAGCUGGGCCUUCCUGUCUCUGUUCCGACUCAUGACACAGGACUAUUGGGAAAAUCUCUACCAGCAGACGCUGCGUGUGGCAGGGAAGCCCUACAUGAUCUUUUUCGUGCUGGUGAUAUUCCUGGGCUCCUUUUACCUCAUCAACCUGAUCCUGGCUGUGGUGGCCAUGGCAUAUGACGAGCAGAACCAGGCCACCAUCGAGGAGGCUCAGAGGAAGGAUGAGGAGUUCCAGGCCAUGUUGGAGCAGCUGAAGAGACAGCAGGAGGAGGCCCAGGUUGCCGCGGCAGCAGCCACAGAGAGCGGAGAGUACAGUGGGAGAGGGGGCCCCAGCUCCGAGUCGUCCUCGGGGACGUCCAAGCUGAGCUCAAAAAGCGCCAAGGAGCGACGCAACAGGCGGAAGAAGAGGAAGCAGAGAGAGGAGGAGGAAGAGAGGGGCGUUCACGACAAGUUCCACAAGUCUGAGUCUGAGGACAGCAUCAAGAGGUCCAGCUUCCGCUUCUCCAUCGACGCCAACAGACUUUCUUAUGAGAAAAGAUGCUCCUCGCCCAACCAGUCGCUCCUCAGCGUCCGCGACACCCUGUUUUCUCCUCGGAGGAACAGCCGAGCCAGCCUCUUCAGCUUCCGUGGCCGAGCGCGGGACAUGGGCUCAGAGAACGACUUCGCCGACGACGAGCACAGCACCUUCGAGGAGAACGACAGCCGCCGAGGCUCCCUGUUUGUGCCGCGGCGGCUGGAGCGCCGCUGCAGCACCGUCAGCCAGACCAGCCUCGGGGUGCCGCGGAUCGUGCUGCCGGCCAACGGGAAGAUGCACUGCUCUGUGGACUGCAACGGAGUGGUGUCGCUGGUUGGUGGGACUUCUGUAACAACCUCCCCUGUAGGUCUCCUGCUGCCGGAGGGAACAACAACCGAUUCUGAUAUGAAGAAGCGCAGGUCUGGGUUCCUACAGCCGUCCACGGACUAUAUAGAAGAGCCAGGAGGUCGACCGAGAGCUAUGAGUGUUGCCAGUAUCCUCACCAACACCAUGGAAGAACUUGAAGAAUCCAGACAGAAGUGCCCCCCCUGCUGGUACAGGUUCGCCAACACCUGUCUGAUCUGGGAUUGUUGUCCCGCUUGGCUGAAAAUCAAAGAGAUCGUCAGCAUGGUGGUGAUGGACCCGUUUGUGGACCUGACCAUCACAAUUUGCAUCGUCCUCAACACCCUUUUCAUGGCCAUGGAGCACUACCCCAUGACCAAGGAGUUCGAUAACGUCCUCUCAGUCGGGAAUCUGGUGUUUACAGGAAUCUUCACAGCAGAGAUGUGCCUAAAGGUCAUCGCCCUGGACCCAUACUACUACUUCCAGCAGGGUUGGAACAUCUUCGACGGCAUCAUUGUCAGUCUCAGUCUGAUGGAGCUGGGCUUGGCCAACGUGGAAGGCUUGUCUGUUCUCAGGUCCUUUCGAUUGCUGAGGGUCUUUAAGCUGGCUAAAUCGUGGCCUACGCUCAACAUGCUGAUCAAGAUCAUCGGCAACUCUGUCGGCGCCUUGGGAAACCUGACCCUCGUUCUGGCCAUCAUCGUGUUCAUCUUCGCUGUCGUGGGCAUGCAGCUGUUUGGAAAGAGCUACAAGGAGUGCGUGUGCAAGAUUUCUGAUGACUGUGAGCUUCCACGCUGGCACAUGCACGACUUCUUUCACUCUUUCCUCAUCGUGUUCCGGGUGCUGUGCGGGGAAUGGAUCGAGACCAUGUGGGACUGCAUGGAGGUGGCAGGGCAGAGCAUGUGUUUAAUCGUCUUCAUGAUGGUCAUGGUCAUAGGAAACCUUGUGGUCCUGAACCUCUUCCUGGCUCUCCUCUUGAGCUCCUUCAGCGCUGACAACCUAGCAGCGACAGACGAGGACAGUGAGAUGAACAACCUCCAGAUCGCCGUUGGUCGCAUCCAGCGGGGCAUUGCCUACAUCAAAUCCAAAUUGCAACAAUUCUUCUUGAGCCUCUGCUUUGGCCGUGGCAAGGGCUCUGGUCUGGCUGAGGAAAGCAAACCUCUGGAUGAGCUUCACAGUAACGGGAAGGGCAACUGCAUUUCCAACCACACCUUACUGGAGAUCACCAAGGAUGCCAGUGGGGUGUACACCAUGGAGGGCAACGGGAGGCCCGGAGGAGGGCUGGUGGUUGCAGUAGGUGGGGACACGGUGGGAAAGUACCCGAUGGAGGAAUGUGACUACAUGUCGUUUAUUCACAACCCCAGCCUGACGGUGACGGUGCCCAUUGCUGUCGGCGAGUCGGACUUUGAGAACCUAAACACAGAAGAUUUCAGCAGCGACUCGUCUGAUCUGGAGGGUAGCAAAGAGAAGCUUGACGUAGACCCUCAGCCUCUGAGCUCCUCAGAAGGGAGCACAGUAGAUAUCCGACCCCCAGGAGAUGGUGCUGAGUCAGUGGAGCUGGAGCCAGAGGAGUCAUUGGAUCCAGAAGCCUGCUUCACAGAAGGCCUUCGAGGACGUUGACAUUGAACGACGACGAACAAUCAAAACAGUCCUGGAGUACGCAGACAAGGUCUUCACAUACGUCUUUAUCCUGGAGAUGUUGCUGAAGUGGGUGGCAUACGGCUUCGUCAAAUACUUCACCAACGCUUGGUGCUGGCUGGACUUCCUGAUUGUAGAUGUGUCCUUGGUGAGCCUCGUAGCAAAUGCUCUGGGCUACUCUGAGCUCAGUGCCAUCAAAACUCUGAGGACACUGCGAGCCCUCCGGCCACUGAGGGCCCUGUCUCGGUUCGAGGGCAUGAGGGUGGUGGUGAACGCGCUCCUAGGGGCCAUCCCCUCUAUCAUGAAUGUCCUCCUGGUUUGCCUCAUCUUCUGGCUCAUCUUUAGCAUCAUGGGUGUCAACCUGUUUGCUGGGAAGUACUACUACUGCGUCAACACAACCACGGACGAGCUCUUCCCCAUCAACAUUGUCAACAACAAGUCUGACUGCCUGAGUCUGGUUAAUGACAGUGCACGCUGGAAGAACGUCAAGAUCAACUUCGACAAUGUUGGGGCGGGGUACCUGGCUCUGCUGCAAGUGGCAACAUUUAAAGGUUGGAUGGACAUCAUGUAUGCAGCUGUGGACUCACGAAACGUGGAGGACCAGCCUGCGUAUGAAGUCAACUUGUACAUGUACUUGUACUUUGUCAUCUUCAUCAUCUUCGGAUCUUUCUUCACCCUGAACCUGUUUAUCGGUGUCAUCAUCGACAACUUCAACCAGCAGAAGAAAAAGUUCGGAGGUCAAGACAUCUUCAUGACAGAAGAACAGAAGAAAUACUACAAUGCCAUGAAGAAACUUGGUUCCAAGAAACCACAGAAGCCUAUUCCUCGGCCAACGAAUGAGUUUCAAGGCUUUGUGUUUGACUUCAUCACUAAGCAGGCGUUUGACAUUGUUAUCAUGAUCCUAAUCUGCCUUAACAUGGUGACCAUGAUGGUAGAGACCGAUGACCAGACAGAAGAGACGGACAGAAUCCUUUACUGGAUCAACCUGGUCUUUAUUGUUCUUUUCACUGGGGAGUGUGCACUCAAGAUGAUCUCAUUGCGUCACUAUUACUUCACGAUUGGCUGGAACAUAUUUGACUUUGUGGUAGUGAUCCUUUCAAUAGUAGGUAUGUUUUUAUCUGAAGUCAUCGAGAAGUACUUUGUGUCUCCGACGCUGUUCCGAGUUAUCCGACUCGCCCGGAUCGGUCGUAUUCUUCGCCUUAUCAAAGGUGCCAAGGGCAUCCGGACGCUCCUCUUUGCCUUGAUGAUGUCGCUCCCUGCCCUGUUCAACAUUGGCCUCCUUCUCUUCCUGGUCAUGUUCAUCUAUGCCAUCUUCGCCAUGUCCAACUUUGCAUAUGUCAAGAGAGAAGCAGGGAUUGAUGAUAUGUUCAAUUUUGAAACCUUCGGGAACAGCAUGAUCUGUUUGUUUCAGAUCACAACCUCAGCCGGAUGGGAUGGCCUGUUGGCACCCAUACUGAACAAGAGGGAGCCUGACUGUGACAGCCAGAUGGAGCACCCAGGAAACAACUACAAAGGCAACUGUGGUAACCCAUCGGUGGGAAUCUUUUUCUUUGUCAGCUACAUCAUCAUCUGCUUUCUGAUUGUGGUGAACAUGUACAUUGCCGUCAUUUUGGAGAACUUCAGCGUGGCUACCGAGGAAAGCGCUGAGCCGCUCAGCGAAGACGAUUUUGAGAUGUUCUAUGAAGUGUGGGAACGCUUUGAUCCUGAUGCCACUCAGUUUGUGGAAUACAGCAAACUCUCUGACUUUGCAGAUGCUCUAGACCCACCGCUACGCAUUCCCAAGCCUAACAUGACCCAACUCAUCACCAUGGACCUGCCGAUGGUGAGCGGUGAGCGGAUCCAUUGCCUUGACAUCUUGUUUGCCUUUACCAAGAGGGUGUUGGGUGAAGGUGGUGAGAUGGACAUGCUACGUGGGCAGAUGGAGGAGCGCUUCAUGGCCUCCAACCCCUCAAAGGUUUCCUACGAACCCAUUACCACCACCCUGCGCCGCAAACAGGAGGAGACGUCAGUCAUAGUAAUCCAGAGAGCCUUCCGCCGCCACAUGAUACGCCAGGCCAUGAAAAAGGCCUCUGCCCUAUACAAGGAGCAGUUAAAGGAGGGUGUCCGUGACCCAGACAAGGACGUGAUGGUCAUUAGCAAGUUCAAUGAGAACUCCACCUCAGAUAAAACAGACAUGACUCCAUCCACAGCCUCCCCACCCUCCUACAACAGCGUGACCAAGUCAGACAAAGACAAAUACGAAAAGGAAAACAGAGAAAAGGAAAACAAAGGGAAAGACUUAAAAGACAGAAAGAAGUAGACUUCUCAAAAAAAGAACAAAAAAUGCAUCAGAUAUAAGGGAAAUUUGUUUACAGCUUCUAGAGUUGGUAGAUAGAUGUGCGCUUGUGUGUCGGUUAUUCAGAGACGAGGAAUGCUGUGCCUGGAAGGGCUGAAAAAGGGAGCACAUUCAUGACCAGUAUGUGGGUCCUUCCCAGAGGGGGGGUGGAAGCAAGUUACCCAGCAAGACACUGCCAGAGGUUGAGUGAAACGUGGAGCAGCCUCUAUUCAAAACGCUUGUGGUGUUUCUGUUUGGUUGUCGUUACUAUCUGACACACUUGAGUGUACUGUUAAUUUGUCUGUAGCUAGUGGUUGCUGCUACUACUUUCAAUCCAGUGUCUUGAAUUUAAAAACUGCUGUAUGACUUAACAGUUUUUCUGCAUAAUUUUAGUUUGUUUUUGUUUUUAUUUCUUUUUUUAUGAAACAGAAUGUUUUCUACUUUUUUUUUUCAUCACUUUUGAGAAUGUGUCUACUUUCAAUGUUGUACAAUCACCAAGGGCAGAAAAGUCGAUGCUGGAAACCACAACCUCCUGAAACUCGUACAGAACCAGGUCAGUACUGGAAUGCUCGUGGCUCAUACUGUAUAUGAAGCUGAAACAUGCCUCUGAAGUGCAAUGAACAAAUACCUUGUAAUCACUGGUGUUUUGGGCUUCCAUCUGGACUGCCAGGUUCUGGUUUGAGUGAAAACCAACAAAAAUGUGUCUCCAAAUGCAGAGAAGCUGAAUGUAUGCAAGCUGGAGAAAUGAGACACGUCUGAAGAAACUUGGGAAACGCUCUUGGUUGCUUUUUUGCCAAGAUUUCGAUGACACCAUUGGCACCACUCUUGUGCCAGCUUGAUUGGUUAAAGGCAGCAGUUUUUAAUUCUUAGGAGUAGUGUAGGAAUGUACCGACCUCAGUCCUGCAGAUUCACAACCUAAAGUCAGACUUGAUCUGAUCAGAGUCAGUGCCUGUUUUUACCCUCAACCUAAAUUCUGCUUAAUGCUCGUUUUCAGCUCAGCUCACGGUAAGUCAUAACUACACGCCACUCCCUAAAAAUGUUAUUUUCUAGUUUUCUAAAAUCCUUUGCCUCAUAAAUUGGACUGUUUGACCUGUUGCAGUAACAAAUUAACUUCACGCAAUUCUUGUGAGGAUUCCCCUAUCUGCUUGAUGAGUGCUGUCUGUCAGAUAAUUUAUAUUUGUGCUUUUAAUUUGGAGAUUAAAGAAUGAUUGGAGUGUUGCACCCUUUCUCACCUUCAGUAAUCAUUUUAUUUGUGUAGACAAAAAAAUAAAUGAAAUAGAAAACCAAAAAGCAGUUAAGUCAGUAAAUGAGGAUGCUUCCUUAGCAUUGCUAAUGCUAAUGCUUGUUAGUUAGCCCGCUGACUUUUAACAAUUUAAACAUUCAGGCAAAUUGUCUCAAUGCAGAUAUAGUAGAGGUAAAAAUUGUGAGCUGAACCAAUUUCUUUCAUCUAGAAAUGUCAACAUCUUUUUCUAAACAUGUUUUGCUAACAAGUCCCUUGCUAGCAGAUCAUUAAACACGUUUUGUCUGCAAUAUCAGGUAAAAGUUGCGGUAAAUACAUUUGAGAACAAGAAACAAAUACACCAAUCAGACAUUAAUGAAGAACAAUGGUUACAGGGUUAGGCAACAUGGCAACAAAUGUUUUUUAGCUGAAAAUUAGCUGCAUUAUGCUAAUAUGCUAACAACAGCCAGGGAUCAGCGUGAACUGUGCAACCACAAAAUUAAAGUUAUGCUGACAAAAUAAGAGCUAAACAUGUCUUAAGCUAUACUCACUUUCUUUUUGUGAAUACACACUUCAGUGAUCGGGCCCUGAGUGUGUCACAUCUAAAAUGGUCCGUGUGGAAACAGUUCACUCUUUUCAGUCUUGCUAACAGAUUGAACGGGAAGAUGACAGCUCCAUCUUAUACCCUCAUUUUGCUCAUCCCUAAACAAAUAUAGUUAAUUUUCUUUUAUUUUAAAAAGAAAAUAUUCACAAAAAUACCUCAUUUGGAGAACAUUUCACUGUGCCGUUGCAGGAGUGGUAUUAAUAUUCUCGUCUAACUCUUGGCAGCAAAGUUAAGCAGUGAUUUUCCCAAAACUCCGACUCUCACAGUGACACUCCAACCUGCUGGUUCAUCUGCUGAUGUUGUGUUGCGGUGUCUCCUGCAUUCGCUGUGCUCCCCUUUAUCCUCCACACGCCUCCCCUGCACCUCCUCCUCUCCACGUCCCACAAAGCUCCUGUAAAGAAAAUGUCUUAAAUAUAAAAAGAAACUGAGUCUUUCUAACCGCUUCACAGAGCUAGAACACGACAAUAUAUCACAUAUAGAGGCUGUAAUAUCACAGAUGUUUGUAUGCCAUUCAUGUUGUUUAAAUUGAGAAGCGAGUGGUUUUAACGUAGUGGUUCGGUUUGUAAAUAUUAUAGCUAUUUGGGCCCACAGUAUGCAUCACACUUACAUUUGAUGUAAGAGCACUUUUUAUCCCCACUGCUAUGUAAUACCAUGUGUGUGUGUGUGUGUGUGUGUGUGCCAGGGAAAGGAGUGUUUGUUCAUGAGAAUCCAUCCUUUUGUUUCCUGAGUGUGUGUUUGUGUCUAACUGGGCUCUUCAGGUUGCUUAUGUCCCACCAAUUAUAAAUAACAUUUUUACUGUAGAUACGAGUGCAUUUUUCCAGUCUUCAGGUCUCAUUUGUUUUUCUAGAGGGUUUUUUUUUCUUCUCUGCACCGUGACACAUGACAAAACACAUGUAUGGUCCCCACGUCUGUAAGAUACACACCAUGAAGCAAUCAGUAGCCAUCUCUCAUCGCGCUUGUAGUGUUUUUUUAGUGAACUGCAUGCAGGAAGUGACUACUGUCCGCUCAUAUCAAAACAUCGUUUUAAAGCCAAAAGAAUAAAGGAAAUAUUUUUUGUAAGUGCUUGUUUAUUUUCUCUUUUUCAUUGUUUUUCCUAAUUCUUUUCAUAAAUAAUGUCAUUUCACAGUGAUGAUUGCUUUGCAGGUUAAACAGGAUCAUUCAUGUGAUUCAGGUUCAUGUUACACUCAACUCUGUGUUUUUGCUAAAUGUGACAAGUGACUUUUCAUUUUUGUUAUAACCAAAGAUGUGGCAACGAAACUCAAAAUCUAGAUUUCCAAAAUAAAACCUAUUUUGGGAAGCAAA